UCAUGAAGUUAUGUGGAGCAAAAUUGGUGUGAGAUUUCACUGUUCACUUCGUUGUUUGUGCGGCUUCAUGUGCUCUGAAAUGCUGAACUAGCCGGAGCAGAGGUCCGGAGACUCAGGACGGCAGCGCUACGUAAGAAGAAGCUGCACGAAGUCCUCUUGAACGUUUUUAGAUUACCGGCUACCUCAAGUCAUGGUGGGAUUUUUCACGGCAUGAGAGCCACCAGGGGCCGCGCGCACUGGGGAUUAUAUCCAGGGCGCCGGUAGUGCACACCCACUGGGAGCAGCGGUGGGUGGCGGACGGACGGACGGGCUCGCGGUAGGGUCGGUCCCCUCCUGAUGACAAAGCGGGUGACCCGACCGAUGAAUUACUGGGCAGGAGCUUUCGCCCCAGAGCCAAGAUGAUCGCGGCGUUUUUUCCCUUGAAGAAACUGAGGCGCAACAGCAAAUAUCUUCUGUUCGCGGCGAUUCUGCUGGUCGGAGUUGUGGCCGUCUAUCAUGAGAUGGUUGCUGCAAAAGCAUGGAGCAGUGAUACCAGUAUGAAUCCUGACGCUGACGGUAGCAGCUGGAGGAAAGCCAUAGUUGACGAAAGGGUCAGAAGGGACCAUCAACCAAACCCAGUGGAGGAUUCAGUUGCUUGGAGGUCCAGCUUCACUCCACAAACCUGGAAAGCAGAGUAUAAGGGACAGGCCAAUCUGCACGUCUUUGAGGACUGGUGUGGCAGUUCUACAGCUGACCUUUGCAAGAACCUGCACUACCCGUUGUAUCCUCAUUCCAGGACUACAGUGCAGAAGCUGGCCGUCUCUCCUCAGUGGACAAACUACGGGCUCAGGAUAUUUGGUUAUCUACAUCCAUAUACUGACGGAGAGUUUGUGUUUGCUUUGAGCUCUGAUGACAACUCUGAAUUGUGGCUCAGCACAGAUGACUCUCCCCUUAACUUGCAGUUAUUGGCAUGGGUUGGAAAGACUGGCACAGAAUGGACAGCUCCGGGCGAGUUUGAGAAGUAUGCCAGUCAGACCUCCAAACCAGUUUGGCUGUCUGCUCAGAGGAGGUACUUUUUUGAAGUCAUCCACAAGCAAAACGGCAGAGGGACUGACCAUGUGGAGGUGGCAUGGCAGCUCCUGGACCAAGGCUUUAGUUUCCGGGUUAUUGAAUCCAAUCACAUCUCCCUCUAUGUUAACGAGUCGGCUUUGUUAAUGAGUGACGUAGCCCACAUACCACAGACGGCUGCAAGCCACCAGCACACCCCCACAAAACAGCAGAAUGUUGCAGCAGACAUGCUGAGGGAAGACGCGCGAGACACUCUCUACCAAGUGCCUUUGAUAAACAGCCAGUUCCUACAAGAUGUCCUGCCUGACUGCUCGUACAAACCCAGCUACACAAUAAAAGACUUUCCUCUCAUCCGCUACCAAGGACUGCAGUUUGUCCACAUGUCCUACAUCCACCCCAAUGACUACACCCGACUUACACACAUGGAGACGGAGAGCAGCUGCUUCUACCCCGAAAGCCCCUACUACAUGAAGAUGUUCGGUUUCUCUAGGUACAUGAGAUUAGACCGUCCUGAUAUGCAGGGAAUAGGAAACACAGGACGAGAUUUUGGUUUCGAGAGGAGGAAAUCAGUGCUCGAUGAGGAGGAUGAGUUUGACAAUGAAGCCUAUCAAAGAGAAAAGGAAGCCAGGCCGGGCCAGGUGCACAACGCCCUUUUCCCAGACUAUGGUGAUGAUUAUGAUGAUUAUGCUCAGAGACGCAGGCGCAAACUCUUCUCCUUAGUCACGCAAGAAACUAACAACACGCUGAAGAACACCUCUGACACAAGACUGCACAUAAAUGAGUUGCAGCCUCACACAGAUGAGUUGCAGAGGAGGCACGGGGAAGAGCGUAUGCCACAGCCACAGCCACAGCCACAGAAACCAGCUGAGCCUCCGCAGUCAGCACAAGUCUCAAACCAUCACCCGUCCCCACAACAAAACCAGACAGAGAUGAAGCUAGAGGGUCUGGUUAAAGAAGCAGAACAGAUAAAACCAAAAAGAAAGUUAAGACCAGCAAAGAGACAAAAGCCCAAAUCAGUAGAGGCCGCUGUGAGACCAGUGGACAGAGAGCAGCUUAAAGCAAAGGAACGACCAGCAGUCCUGUCAGAGCAGCUCAAUUCUAAACAGCAUUAUAUCCAGAGGUCCCGUGGAAUUAACCAUACCCAAAUCCAGAGACUCAAACACUCAAAGCUUCAACCUCUAGAGAGGAAUGCUGCUUUGCCUGAAGACCCCACAGUUGCCAAGCAGCGGAGGUUUGUAAUCGGAGACCUCCAGCCAGCCACCACCAAGCGUUUUGCCACUCCCAAGAGAGACAUGAGCCGCCCAGUAGGGAGGCUAAAUCAGAGGGACCCAGGUACCAGAAAACACCUCAGGGAUGAGGAGAUAGGGAUGAAAAUGCCUCUACAGGAUCUAGGAAAUGGCAUCCGCAGAGAAAAGUUGAGCGCUAAGGGCAAAAUGGACAAAAAGCAGUCGGAUAUGAAAGAAGUGGAGGACCAAGCGAGGGAAGAAGGCAAGGUUUAUUACAGACGCGAGGGUGCAAGAGACUCUCUGUGGGGACCAGGAGUUGACUUUGAAGGUGCGGAUGACGAGGACCUUACCCCUGCGCCGGUGUUUGACCCCGAGGUCAACUGGAGCCAGACCUUCCAGGUCAGCCACCUGGACUUUCAAGCACGUCGAUCAGAUUGGAUCGACCUGCGCUGCAACAUCUCAGGCAACCUGCUUCUCCACUCCAGUGACGCUCUGCCCAUGGUCAACGCUUUUAUGGAGCAGCUCAAUGAAAAGCACCACGGGCGGUUUACAUUGUCCCGUGUGGUUAACGUGGUGAAGCGCAUGGACGGGUUCCAAGGCAGCCGCUACCUUCUGGAGCUGGAGCUGAAAGAUGUGAACGGCCAGCUGCUGCGCCUGUCAUACUACAUCUACACUCUGAAUCGCCACAGCAGGCAACGCAGCAAGGACUUGAAUUUCCAACGGCCGAAACCUCAGCUGGUGCUGUGUAACCCGGUGGGCUUCCGCUGGAAUCCUGUUGCCACUGUCCACUUCAUAGUACCAGUGAAAAACCAGGCUCGGUGGGUGCAGCAGCUGAUUGUAGACAUGGAACAACUGUUCAGAAAAACUGGAGACGCCAACUUCAAUCUCAUCAUCGCUGACUUCAACAGCACUGACAUGGAUGUGAGGAAGGCUCUACAGAAAUCCUCACUCCCCAGGUACCAGUAUGUAAAGCUAAGCGGGAACUUUGAGCGCUCUGCCGGUCUGCAAGCAGGUAUCAACCUUAUAAAUGAUGACCACAGCAUUGUGUUUCUUUGUGAUCUCCACAUACACUUCCCUCCAUCUAUCAUCGAUUCAAUCAGGAAGCACUGCGUGGAGGGAUACAUGGCCUUUGCUCCAAUAGUCCUGAGGUUGGACUGCGGGGCUACGCCAUUAGAUGCCAGAGGUUACUGGGAGGUCAAUGGCUUUGGCCUGCUGGGGAUCUACAAGUCCGAUCUGGACGCAGUGGGAGGAAUGAACACCAGGGAAUUCACAGACCGCUGGGGAGGAGAAGACUGGGAGCUCCUCGACAGGAUUCUCCAGGCAGGACUGGAAGUGGAGAGGAUCUACUUGAGGAACUUCUUCCACCACUAUCACUCCAAACGUGGCAUGUGGAACAGGCAGGUGAGGCCCAGCCACAGUUGACCUUGUCACCUGCCCGCUGCAACAUGACCACGGACGCCACGGUCACAACCAUGGCAACCCAGAGCACUUUAAGGUCCGGCCCUGGUUCCUGCUACAUAACCGUAAUACCUGAUGACUGACAGAGGCGGUAACCUAUGACUGGAUACUGUCUUCAUUCACGUCAACUUUCUGAAGAAGAAAAAGUGGCAGCAGUGACAAUCGUUGCUAAGGAGAUACUACUGAUAUGCUCAGAGUUUAUUUCACUGGAUAUACUGUUGACUACUGGUCAAUGAGUGUCAUUGACAAAUGAUAUUACAAAUGAAGAUACAGCAGUGCACCAUGUCACUGAUGUUCUGCACUACUGGCUGCAAAGGACCUGACCUGAUCCAAAGACAAAACAUACAUUUAUUGACACACUCCAAGGAUGUAUACACACAAGUGUCCUAAUAAUAUCAUAAAGAUCACAAUUCUUGCACAUGAGUCCUAACUGGAAAAAAAUAAUUGUUUGUUUUGUUUGUGACAGUAUACAAUAUGUGUUUCACUGCACAUUGUGUAUAUGGAAAACACAGCCUUAUUUGUCACGUUGUAAGUUAUGAAAAACUUUAUAUUUAUUUUAUCAAUGUUUGUAGGAUUUUUUUUUCAUUUCAGUUCAAUGUCAUUUCUAGAGAUGAGAUUUCAGAAAAUGUUCCUCAGUUGAGUGCCCUUCCCUAUUUGUUGUAUUAAAUAUUAAAUGUGCCUUCUGUUGUGACGGUUAUUCAGGUGCUGGGGCCACAUAGUGCUGUUUUUACACAGUCAGGAAAAGCCUUAAACUGGAAAGAUAAUUGUAUAUUAAAAUGAUUUUCUUGAUUGUAUCCUUUUAGUUUUGUCAGAAAAGGUCAGUCAGUUAUAUUUAGGUCGGACAGGUAUGUUUGUGUUUUGCAUCACAGAUAGUUUGGCAUAUGAAUUAAUAAUCAAAUAUCAGAAAACUGAAACAACACAUUAUUGUGAGAAUGUCUGCCUAUUCUGACACUGCCUCUUACCAAAGAUAAUAGUUGAAAGUUGAGUAGAAUGACUUCUACAUUAUUCCUGUGUAGAAAAGUUGAAAAAACAGGGUUUGUUUUUGACAAGCUAUUGAAAAUGUGUGUGUAAAUGUAUGCUACAGUAUAGCAUUAAGAUCCAUUUUAGUCAAGAAUGUCCGGGCAGACAGCUCUCAUUUUUCUUGUUCUACCUGCUGAAUUGAAUAGUUUUUCCAGAAGAAUAAUUGUUAUGAUAAAUCUCAAAACCUGUUUUGGGGUCAGUCUGUGAAGCUUUCCAUUCGAACAGUGGGAUGAUAGGAAACGCAGUGGUUGGAGAAUUAUCUUUAUUUAUCAUAAUGUUAUUUUUUAUUUAUUAUUAAUAUCAUUGUUUUAUUGUUAUUUAAAGAUGAGACUAAUGGCAGCUUUUUUUCUGAUUGUUCACAUUCCGGUUUAACAAAGUUGUGCAUUUCUUAGCCUUUUGAAAUUAAUACAUGUUGAAUUGUUCCACUUGUCGUUCAGGGCACUAUAAAUCCAACACAAUUCUGGUCUGAUGCCAGACUUUGCUUGUGGUUUUAAUUUGUAACACUGCCAAGAAAUGUGUGAUGUCGCCCUCCCCCAUUUUUUUUGUUUGUAACAAAGUAUUGAAGCUUUGUAAAUGUGUUUUUUUGGUUUGGCCAGAAUGUUUGGUGUUUCCUCUUAUACUACUCUGUCAUCUCUUACUUCGUUGUUUUUAGAUAUACCUCAUCCCUCUCUUUUUGCUGGGAGUUAACCUCUGCCUUAUUGUUCGCUUCUGUACCUUCUCUCAAGUUUUUUUUUCCAUUCAACACUGCCUUGAAAAUCUAAAGAAUAAAUCUCUCUUGCCUUCA